UAGCAUUUCGACUGCCGGGGUUUCCUUACGAGACUGUUUAUUUUAUCCCUAGUUAAUUGUGUUAUUGUAUGAAUUUUGUGCGAUCCUUAACCAAGAUGUCCAAGUACACCGGUAAGAACCUGGCAACACUUUCUGAAGUAGAAAUUAAACAAUGGAUCGAUUCUUUCGACACGGUCCUGACGGAUUGCGAUGGGGUGAUCUGGGUGGACAAUAAUCCGUUGCCGGGAGCGCCGGAAGUCGUCAAUAAGUUCAUCGAGAACGGCAAGAAGCUAUUUUUCGUCACUAACAACUCCACUAAAACCCGACCCGAGUUCGUGGAGAAAGCGGUUCGAUUGGGGUUCAACGUGACUAUUGAUAACAUAAUCUCAACCGCUUACCUUGCAGCACAGUACCUGAAGAAUGUAGGAUUCUCAAAAACUGUCUACACUAUCGGUUCAACGGGUAUCACGAAAGAACUGGAUGCCGUGGGUAUACGGCAUAUUGGCGUUGGGCCGGAUACGCUACGGGACACCUUGGCGGACACCGUUGCCGACUUCAUUCCUGAUCCGGACGUUGGAGCAGUUAUCGUUGGUUUUGACGAGCAUUUCAGUUUUGUGAAAAUGAUGAAAGCUGCCUCGUACCUCAACCUUCCCGGCGUUAUCUUUCUUGCAACGAACACGGACGAAAGAUUCCCUAUGCCGGAUCGUGUUAUCCCGGGAACGGGAGCAAUCGUUAACGCCGUCCUAACGUCUGCCGAAAGGAAACCGAUCGUGAUGGGCAAACCUAACCCUCACAUUUGUGAAAUCAUUCGCAAGCAGUACAACGUCGACCCGGCACGCACGUUGAUGAUAGGUGACCGGUGCAAUACGGAUAUUCUGUUGGGCAAAAACUGUGACUUCCAAACCCUGCUAGUUGAAACGGGUAUCCAUAAAGCAACCGAUAUUGAACAGUAUGCAGCAUCAGACGAUCCGGAAACUAAAAAACUUGUUCCGGACGUAUACUUAGCUAAGCUUGGGGAUUUGUUGCCGUUCAUGUAAAAACCAUUAUAAUGGAAAAAAUUUCACAUAAGUUCGAGUGAUUUUUAUAUACCCAGUGAAUCAAUUGUCAAACAAUUACUUCACAAUUUAAAUAAAAAAGACCAUA